CCUUUAAGAAGAUGUGGUUAUUUCCUGUUAUGCUUAUAUGUAGCAGCACACGGUAUGAAGUAGAUUUAGUUCUGCUGAUAAAGCCAUGAUGUCAAAACUGACUAUAACUUUGUGCUUUACUGCUGUUUUGGUUGUCUACAGUGUUCAAGGAGCAGACUCUGAGAGGAAGAAAGGUUUUGAAAAGAUGAAAAAGGGGGAAAACUUUACAAUGAAAUGCAAUACAAUGGACAAGCAAACAGAUACUUUAAAUAUAUAUUCAAGACUCCCGAGCAAGCAUGUAGUGCUGGCCUAUGACAUACAAACAAACGUCUAUACUUUUGGUCCAGAAUACAACAAAAGACUGACAAUCAGUGGCACUGCCCAAAAACUAACUGUGACAAUUAGAGACAUGCAGCCAAAUGAUUCUGGACUUUACAUAGGCCAGUAUACAAAAUUUAAUAUAUCAAAAGGUGUAGAAGAAGGAGAAGAAGGCUGCAGCAGUCUCCUGUUUGUGUAUGAUGUGGAUAAGACCGUACCCACUGAAAAAUCAACUAGUAACACGUCACAUGCUAUGUCUGAGCCACUGGUGCUGGUAUUUGCCCUGAUUGCAUGCACUAUAUUUUUGGUUUGUUUCCUGAUGAUAUGGAUGUGUGUACCCAAGAUAAAGGCCAAAUGUGUGAAGCAACAUGCAGAGACUUCAAGGGAAUAUAGCCCAGUCUAUGAGGAUAUGCACAGGGUGCAAAAUAAAUAAGAUGCUAUUUUUUGCCUAUUUGUUUAAAAAUAUAAGGAUUGUUUAUGUCAUCAUUACUGAAAUGCUCAAUAAUGCUUUUAAACUUGCCAUCUGUUUCUCUUACUGUAAAUGUAUUAAAUAUUAUCAGUGCAUUAAAAUUCUCAGAUUGCAUUAUGUAGGGGGCACAGUGGCUUAGUGGUUAGCACGUUCACCUCACACCGCCAGGGUUGGGGGUUCAAUUCCUGCCUCCGCCUUGUGUGUGUGGAGUUUGCAUGUUCUCCCUGUGCCUCGGGAGUUUCCUCCGGGUAUUCCGGUUUCCUCCCCCGGUCCAAAGGCAUGCAUGGUAGGUUGAUUGGCAUCUCUGGAAAAUUGUCCCUAGUGUGUGAUUGCGUGAGUGACUGAGUGUGCGUGUGUGUGUGUGUGUGUGUGUGUGUGCCCUGCGAUGGGUUGGCACUUCGUCCAGGGUGUAUCCUGCCUUGAUGCCCGAUGACGCCUGAGAUAGGCACAGGCUCCCCGUGACCCGAGGUAGUUCGGAUAAGCAGUAGAAGAUGAAUGAAUGAAUGAAUGUAUUAUGUAUUCAUUUGUUAUGCAAUUAUUUUUUUGAUGAUAUUUGUAAUAUUAUAAAAGAAAUAAAAUGUGGAAUUGCA